AGUUUUACAGUAGCUAGCUUGAUUAGCAACACCGGUGUUCGUGCAUCUCCAGGGGCAACAUGAGGGCAACGCACGCUCACGCGCUCUCGGCUCUCACACACAGAAGCAGCAGUGCAGCGGAGAGGCGCGAGCUGCAGACUCAGGAGAGAGACAGACAGGGAAGUGAAGCGAGCAGGUGGGCUGGAGUCGCUGCUGUCACCCACCUCUCUCUCUUUCUCUCUUUGUGAAUGAUUCUAGUGUUCGUGUUGCUAACCUGCUGCCGAGUGGACACAGAAGAAGAAGAAACGUCGACGUAAUUUAAAGGACAGAAAAAGGUAGAGUAGCUGGGUAACGGUUGGCAGAGACGAACUGAGGUGCUGAGGUGACAGUUUGAGACGAUUACAGAGGAGCAGAAACGAGUCAUCGAGGUGUUGUGAGCAAAAGAGCUUCCUGUGUGUAUCGAAGAAAGGAGGUAGCAUGCAGGUGAGGAGGAUGGUGCAGUGUCCUGUCUGCUGUUGACUCUCCUUAUCCCUCAGUCGGACUGAAAGUGAUCAUGAAGGACACAGGGGAAUCAAAGGACCACCAACUUACUGUUGCGUUGAGGAUCCGACCCCUGAGCGAUGCAGAGCUUGAGGAAGCGGCUACAACCGUGGCCCACAGAGUGGACGAGCAGAUGGUGGUUCUGAUGGACCCCAUGGAGGACCCUGACGACAUCCUGCGUGCCAACCGCUCCAGAGAGAAGACCUACAUGUUUGACGUCGCGUUCGACUACUUAGCCAGUCAGGAGGAGGUGUACCGAGCUACAACCAAAGGGCUGAUCGAGGGCCUCAUAUCAGGCUACAAUGCCACCGUGUUUGCCUACGGACCCACAGGUUGUGGGAAAACAUACACCAUGUUGGGGACGGACAAGGAGCCGGGCAUCUACGUCAGGACACUGAACGACCUGUUUCGUGCCAUCGAGGAGACCAGCGACGACAUGUCCUACAGUGUCUCCAUGUCCUAUCUCGAGAUCUACAACGAGAUGAUCCGGGACCUGCUGAAUCCAUCGUCAGGUUUCUUGGACCUGAGAGAAGACUGUAAAGGAGAGAUUCAGGUUGCUGGCAUUACAGAAGUGUCCACCAUCAAUGCACAAGAGAUCAUGGAGUUGCUCAUGAAGGGCAACAAGCAGCGCACCCAGGAGCCGACAGCCGCCAAUCAGACGUCUUCUCGCUCCCACGCUGUGCUGCAGGUGGCCGUCAAGCAGCAGAGCCGAUGUCGUGAUGUUAUGCAGGAGGUCCGCUUUGCACGCCUCUUCAUGAUUGACCUCGCCGGCUCUGAACGAGCAGCUCAGACUCAGAAUCGGGGUCAGAGGUUGAAAGAAGGAGCUCACAUCAACCGCUCCCUGCUGGCUCUGGGCAACUGCAUCAACGCUCUGAGCGACAAAAACGGCAACAAGUACGUCAAUUACCGAGACAGCAAGCUGACUCGACUCUUAAAGGACUCGUUGGGAGGGAACAGCCGGACCGUCAUGAUCGCCCACAUCAGCCCCGCCUCUAUGGCUUUUGAGGAGUCCCGCAACACGCUGACGUACGCUGACCGUGCCAAAAGCAUUCGAACGCGGGUGAAAAGGAACCUGAUAAAUGUGUCAUACCACAUUGCUCAGUACACAAACAUCAUCUCAGAUCUGCGCAGCGAGAUCCAGCGGCUCAAGAAGAAGAUCGCAGAUCAGGCGAGCCGCCAGCACAACGCUGACCGAGCUGACAUCCGGCACGUUCAAGCCGAGGUCCAGGCCCACUCCAGCCAGCAGAGCCGGGCGGAGAUGGACCAGCUGAGGGAGCAGCUCCUGGAUGCUUUCCGUGAACAGAUGGACAUCAGGAGGAGCCUGAUGGAGCUGGAAAACAGCAACAUGGAGGUCCAGAUCGACACCUCCAAACACCUGCUCACCAUUGCAGACUGGGAGCAGGAGCGGAGUCGGCGCAGGAGGAAGUGGCGAGGUGAGAGGAGGAAGGAAAGCGUGAAUAAAGACGACAGCGAGAAGGACUCUGACUCCCCAGAGUCUCCUCCGGACAGCACAGAGACACAGCAGGUGGCAGUGGCCCGAGAAACCCUGGUGACUCUCAUGACUGAACAGAAGCGCAUCAACAAACAGAAGGCGUUCCUGGAGCGCAGAUUCCUGGAACUCCGCGAUCGGGCCCGGCGACUGGAGGAGCUUCUCCCUCGGCGGGUGAGCUCAGAGGAGCAGCGCGAGGUGCUUGGCCUCCUCUGUAAAGUCCACGAGCUGGAGAUCGAGAACGCAGAGAUGCAGUCUCACGCGCUGCUCAAAGACAACGUGAUCCGACACAAGAACUUUGUGGUGCAGCGCUUCGAGCAGCACAGACACCUGUGUGACGAGAUCAUCCAGCAGCAGAGACAGUUCAUAGACGACCACAGUCUCUUAGUGCCUCCACAUCUCCAGGAGCUCUAUGAAAUGUACAUGAGGGAGCUGGAUGAGAGGAAACUGGACCGAGCCAUGGCCCUGGAUAAAGUCACCACCAGACACACCAUCAAGGAGGGCUCUUUACCCCGCAUCACUCUACCCGGUCAGGGCCGCGACAACAUGCAGGAUGUGGACUCGGACCAGGAGAGCGUACGCAACAUGUGCUCCGAUAACAGACAAGGACCGACCAAAACCCGCAGACACACUUUACCCCCGAUUCUACCAGAGCCUGAGCUCGACAGUAACAGGGUUUUUAAGAACAGCCCUCAUGCCAGGCAGAUGAAAAACUCAGCAGUAAUGACUCCGCCUCCUAUCCACAUCAACGGGAAGGGCAACAGAGAGCUGCAGCCUCUGGCUCCCGAGGGCUCUCUGAGCUACAGCCACCUCAGCCACAGUUUGAGCAGUCACCUGGACUCAUCGCCCGAGAGCAGCGAGGCCGGGGCUGACAUCCCCCUUUCACGACGUGAGCGUCAGCAGAUCCUCAAAGGGGUCCAGAACAUCGUAGUGAAAGCAGCCCGUCGACGCUCCAAAGCCCUAGAGGGUGAUACCCUGCGCUUGAACCUCCCUCCCUCCCCGCUGGAUCCAAAGAAGCAGAAGAGCAGCCUCUCCUUGAGUGAGGCUCCCCCUGCAGGUCUGCCGAUGCGGCGCGGCAGGCAGCCCAGCCCCGAGCUCAGACAUGCCACCUCCGACGACAACCUGUCCAGCAGCACGGGCGAGGGGUCCAGCCUCCAAGUGACCUGGACUCGCCCACGUAACCGCCAGGUCAACAAGAAUCAGACGCCACGGGAUGUGGACUUUGAGGCUCGGCGAAAGAAGAGGCGCUCACGCUCUUUUGAGGUCACUGGUCAAGCACUGCCUCAAACCAAGACCGCCACAGCUCAGAGGUUUCGCCCUCUUGACAGCACAUCAGACACCCAUCUGCACAACAACACUCUGCCCCAGGCUCCCAUGCUCCGCCCCCAGUACAGAGGGGUCCCUCCUCUCGCCAAAGUCAGGGCCCCACACUACAUCCAGCAAACAGGUUCAAACACAGAGUCCUCCAUAGUCCACAUGAAUCACCUGAAGCGAGGGCCUCAGCUGCGGCAGCCCCAGCCCCUCCUCUACAUCACCACCACGGGGACCGGAGGCCAGCGUACACGCAGACACUGAUCCACUGAUCCACUACACACUCUAAUCCUCAACACCAGCACUAACAUCUACACCAGCCGAACCUGGAGGGGAUGGUCAGCCCUGAUAAAUGACCAGUUAACCCUUCAAUGACUGACAUCAGCAUGAUUGUGAGCCAGUGUGACAGAGACAAACCACACAGCAGCUGGAAGCCUCCCCACUGGUCUCCAUAGCUGUGGACGGAGUGGGUUGCUGGGCGUACAGUGCGUGUUCUGCGAUGUCAGGUGUUUCCACUUUAGCUUGCUGUCAUGCUGAAUGGAGUUAUCGUCAAGUCAGGAUGGUGUGAAGCUCACUAUGAAUGCAACACUGUUCUAAUGUCUGUGAUUAACUGUGGGUUCGGUAGCUUUCAGUGCUCGUUGUUGAGGCCAGAAACAAAAAAAAUAUUGGUAUGGGGGAUGUUUGUGGGGCUCUGUGAAAUAGGUAUUCCCUCUUGAUCCCAAUAAACAUGUACAAACUGUAAAUGAAAAAAGGCCUGCUGUCAAAUUUAUCUCUAAAAGAUGCGUUCAGUUUAAAUGCACACUGAUAUUUGGGCACAAAUCUUCAUCAUCUUGAUUGUAGUGCACUCCUGGAUUUGCACUUAAUAUUAUUUUCUCACACACCCCGGGUCUAUGCCUUUUCUUACCCAAACAUGACUGUUUGUCAUGUCUGUUUGUGUAGAUGUAUAGUACCACAGGUUGCUUUUACAGAUUAGCUUGCUGUAUUUUUAAGGAAUUAUUUAACUGUUGCCUUUUAUUUUAUUUUGUUGUCAUUGGCAUUGUUUUCAUAAUUAAUACUUUCUAUGCUUUUUUUGUACAUUUUUUUAUUUGUACCCAAAAUAAAUUUAAAUGAGAUAACUGAAA